GAAGAGGGGGAGGGGAGCACAAAGGGUCCAGGUCUCUGGGCAGGAGGUUUACACCAAGAACCAUGUGUGCCGAGCGGCUGGGCCAGUUCGUGACCCUGGCUUUGGUGUUGGUUGCCUUCGACCCGGCGCGGGGGACCGACGCCACCAACCCGCCGGAUGGUCUCCAAGACAGGGGCUCCCAGCAGAAAGGCCGCCUGUCCCUGCAGAACACAGCGGAAAUCCAGCACUGUUUGGUCAACGCUGGUGAUGUGGGAUGUGGUGUGUUUGAAUGUUUCGAGAACAACUCUUGUGAGAUUCGAGGCUUACAUGGGAUUUGCAUGACGUUUCUGCACAACGCUGGAAAAUUUGAUGCCCAGGGCAAGUCAUUCAUCAAAGAUGCCCUGAAGUGUAAGGCCCAUGCUCUGCGACACAGAUUCGGCUGCAUAAGCCGGAAGUGCCCAGCCAUUAAGGAAAUGGUGUUCCAGCUACAGCGGGAAUGCUACCUCAAACACAAUCUGUGCUCUGCCGCCCAGGAGAACACCCGGGUAAUGGUGGAGAUGAUCCACUUCAAGGACUUACUGCAACAGGAACCUUACGUGGACCUGGUGAACCUGUUGCUGACCUGUGGGGAGGAGGUGAAGGAGGCCAUCACCCACAGUGUGCAGACUCAGUGUGAGCACAACUGGGGGAGCCUGUGUUCCAUCUUGAGCUUCUGCACCUCGGCCAUCCAGAGGCCCCCCACAGCACCUCCUGCACACCAGCCCCAGGGGGACAGAGCAAAGCUCUCCAGGACCCACCACGGGGAAGCAGGUCACCACCUCUCAGAGCCCAGCAGCAGGGAGACCAGCCGAGGUGCCAAGGGCGAGCGAGGCAGCAAGAGCCACCCAAACGCCCACACCCGGGGCAGAGUGGCCGGCCAUGGGGCCCCAGGAACUUCUGGAAGCAGCGAGUGGGAGGAUGAACACUCCGAGUAUUCUGAUAUCCGGAGGUGAAACAAAAGGCCUGGCCAGGAAAUCUUUCCUCCACGCCGUCCAUUUUCUUCUCUAUGGACAUUCCAAAACAUUUGCCAUUAAAGAGGGGGGAUGUCACAUGCAGGAUUUGGUGGGGACAGCGGACUUGAUGAAGGUGUAUGUUAGCAGAAUGAACAGGUGAGGCGGAGAUUCCCUGGGCAGCAGCGUAGUCUCGGCGGGGCCCAGUGAGCUCUACACUUGCGCCUCCUGAGUGAACGUGCCACGUGUCCUCCUUGCGACUUUGUCUUCUUUGCAUCGGUGGAGCCACUGGGCGGCGGCCUGCGGUUUCCUCUGCUGGGGGGAUGGUGGGCCGGGGAGGGGGCAGCGGACAACUGGCCCACCUGGGCUGGACCACACACUUGGCGCUGGGCUCGCCCCGCAGCUUCUGGUGCUGUCUUGGUGGAGAGCGGCUGGGUUCCAGGGCAGGAGAGGAUGUGAAAAUCUCGCCGGGAAUGAGGAGGGUCAAGGAGUCAGAAGCCGUGUGGGUGGUUGGUGCCAAAGGGAAGUUCAGUUUCUUGCCUGGGACCUUGAGGUUUGGAGCUGCUUGCGGGGGGAGGGCGAGGGUUCUAGGUGUAACUUCUGAGCCGUUGUCUGUAUGGGGCGCCCUGUCCAAGGGAGUGGCCCUUGUGUUUGUAUUUUAACCACUGCUUCAAGUCUCGAUUUCACUUUUUUAUUUACCCAGUUACAUCUACAUACUACAUAUCUGUCGUCUAAAUAAAUGGCUUUCAAACAAAGCAACUGGGUCAUUAAAACCAGCUCAAAGGAAAAACAAACCCCCCCAAAAAAAGACAAAAACCAAUCCAUGUUUAGGGGCUGAUUUUUUUUUUUUAAGUGCUAUUUUGAAAGGAAUUCCAGAGCAAUCUUACUGUACAUCCAGUUGCCCGGUGUGGGCUCUCAUAGCCACUUCCGGUGAACCACACACGCGCAGGAAGAUGCACACACAAGGAGAACACCUGACAGACCCCCACCUCGGCAUGUUGUUGCCUCACCUCGACCCGCAAGCAAGAUGGAUAAAACACUGUAGCCUGGAUUCGGGAGGCCAAGUUGGAAAGCUGGCUUCUCUGUGCUAGAGGAUGGAAAAGGGGACAAGAGAAGGAACCGCUCAGUACUUCCCAUCCUGGAAUGCCAACCUUUCACACACAUGGAGGAGACGGCAGAAAUCUCUGAGGGACAGGAUUUUCCAGAUCCGGACUGGAAAUUUAGCCACGAGGAAAGGAGUCAGAGUGGACAAAAGAAAGGCAGGGAGGAGAGACAGAACUAAAAAUACAAGGAGAGGCGGGAGAGGAUCAUAACAAAGUGUCAGCAGAUUUCUUGCGGUUCCUUAAAACAUUUCAGAGACAGGCCUCUCCUUUUUCUCCUAAUAGGUAUCAAAGGUUAUCCUUUCUUAUAGCCAGCACUCACAUUGGAGCCCAGGAUUGCAAGAAGGGGCCAGGUCCUCCUAGAGCAGGGUGGGCAACGUUUGAGAGUGUAUAUAUACCAUUUGCAGUUUGGCGGGUCACAUGGUCUGUUACAUCUACUCAACUCUACCAUUUAGCACGAAAGCAGACAUAGAUAGACAACACAUAACAAACAGGCUUGGCUCCUCACCAGUACAGUUUUAUUUAACAGACCCAACUGGAUUUGGCUGUUGGGCCUGAGAUUGCUAACCCUCGUCCUAGAGAGCGGGUGAAAAAGCAUGCAUCCUCCGUUUAUAUCAGCUCAUAACCCUCCCUCAAAGCAACCUGAGGCCAGAGAUAAAGAAGCUAAAUUUAUCUACUCUAAAAUGACUUUUUCCACAGAAAUGCCCUUACCCAAAACACAGCUACUACUUUUGUACCCCAAAUCCAGUCUCACUGCUGCCAGGAUAUGGUGCUGGAGUGUAAUCCCCCCAGUCUUUCAUGACCCAUGUUGAAAAUAAACCACUUGGGUGCUGGGGCAGGGGGACGAAAUGCUGGGAGCAGCAGCUAGAAAGAGCUGGAGCUGCAGAAAGCAGGAGAUGGUGAGCUUAAGCCAGCUCUGCCCGCGGGGGAGAAGGACCGGUGUGUCAGGCUCUGCCAUGGGAACCGAGCGUAAACCAUGGCUGUCUCAUGCCAUGGGCCACUGCAGCACGCCGACUGUUUUACUCACAUCACUCAAAAGCUGAAGCAAUAACAUACUCCUGCAUUGCUGGGUCAGCUGUUCAUUUGUUCACUGGCUCCCAGGCUGGAUGUGUAAAAGGCAUCACUUUUAUAUUUCUCUCAGUGUCAAUGUUUUAUGUGUUCGCCUACUGAUGUCCCAUUUGUUGCUUCUAUUGUAAAUACUUGUCAUUUGUAUUUAUUAUCUCAGUGUUUUCCCCUUAAGGCAUAAAAUUGCUUACUCUGUUCAUUUCAACUCUUUCACUGAUCUCUGUUGUCUAUUUUUCAUGCCAGAGGUUUGUUUCUUCCCAAAGGUCAGGUAGAUAGCAUUUCAUUCUGCUUCCUAAUGUUCUGAGACAUACAACAGUACUUAUUGCUAAGGUUCUUUUGCUCAAAACUGAGGAACAUCCAAAUUCCUAUGAGCAGUGGCAGAGACAUUUGUACAAUCUAAAAUGUAAACAACGCCAGCAUUAAAAAUAGAACCUUAACUUGGGCUUCGUACUUCAUACAAAUUUACUCAGGAGCCUUCCUUUGAGGAAGGAUGUGGAUUUCCAAAUAAAGAUAUGAUGUUUGUUUUGAGCUUUGCAUCUUAACAAGAUGAUCUGAACACACCUCUCCUUUGUAUCAAUAAAAAGCCCUGUUCUUCUGAAAUGAGGACUGAAUAUAGUGAAAUGCUGACACCGAAAACUAAAUAAAUAGAAAAUACCAGCCCAGAACUGUAGUCAUACUUUGACACAUACACACAGAUGGAGAAAGAGAGAAAUUUAAACUCGAACCACACAAACGGCUUCGCUACAACAACUUGGAAAAACAAUGCUUGCAGGGCCCAUUUCCUAAGGAAGAGCAACGUCGCCUGAUCUCAGAAUUGGCACCACGUGGGCUCGCUAAGUCAUAAUAUCUGUUUCUGUUAUGGAUUUAGGCAGCAGGACCUGUAUAUUGUCACAUGGCAUUAAUUUUCUCCAAGCAUUAAU